GUCAGUAAAAAGAUGAGAAGAACAAGCGAGCGUUCCCGGCAGCGCAAGGCCACAAUGAAACCCAAAGCCAGAGCGGCGAAGGAUAGGACGGAGAUGUCUGAGAAGAUUCUGAACCUCACCAUGGAGAUCAUCUCUGUCCUGGCUGGAGAGGAAUGUUCUGUCAUGACAAAGUCUGGUGAGCCUGUCGUCCCCGGGAACUGUCCGCCAGCAUCUGGAGGUCCGAUAUCGGCAUCUGGAGGACAGACUCUAAAACAAGAGCGGCAAAAUGACCAGAAGAUCCUGGACCUAACCUUCCGAAUCAUCCAGCUGCUGACCGGAGAGGGCCCCGGAGGCAGUGAAGACGCCGCUAGUUCCCAUGUUGGGAAAGGGAAGAGCAAAGGUCAGCAGAAAAGUGUAAUAGUGGAGAGAAGCCGGCCGUCCACGUUUGGGGGUAAGAGGUGUUGGUGCGCGGCUGGCUGA